GCAUUUGUAGUAGUCGUGUGGAAAUUGAAAAUACACGGUCAGACAGCGCUCAUCAUGCAAAGCUCACUUGGAUUAUUUUUUCCGUGCUAAAUUAUGCUCUAAAUUGGAUACUAUUAUUGUGUUUUGUGGUGAAUACAGUAUCAUUUGUGUGUGGAAAAUCGUCUUCAAUCUUUAUCUUGUUCGCUAUCGUAAAAGUAUAUCCUAGCCGAGGCUAGGGGAAACGAGAGCUCAAGAUGGACGCAUCAGACAUAGAUCUUGAUCUAGAUCCAAAUUUCGAACCCCAAACAAGAGCGCGUUCUAAUACAUGGCCACUGAGGCCUUCGAGGGAGUUAGAAUCGCAGAGUAGUCCUGUAAAUGGUGAUGAAUCGUCGAAUGGAAUAGAUCAGCAUGGAAGUGUUAAAGAUCCCCUUGGACUAACAGCGAAAAAAUGCGGUUCGCGCAGAAAUGCUUGGGGAAAUUUGUCAUAUGCUGACCUUAUAACUAAAGCGAUCCAGAGCUCACCAGAAAAGCGAUUGACUCUGUCACAGAUAUAUGACUGGAUGGUACAGAAUGUACCCUACUUUAAAGACAAGGGAGACAGCACCAGCUCCGCGGGUUGGAAGGUUUGUUAUUAUUUUUUACAAUUUAAAUCGGGCAUAAACAUGACAUAAUUCAUGAAUUAAAUUCGAAUCAUGUAAAUGUAGGCCGAACCCAAUGCCGUUUUCCUAUUACGUUAAUUAAAAUGACAUAAUUAUUAUUUGACCGAUAAUUGAAGAGUUCGGGAGGGCAGGGCCAGAUUUUUUAAAAAUAUUUUUUUGCAAGUUUAAUUAAUAAUUAUAAGUGACUAUCUACAAACACAUCGCGAGUUUUAAAAAUGGCUGGGCCCCCGCUCGUUUUUUUUUUUUAAACUUGAAAACAAAAAAAAUGACGAAUGUUCUUUUAUUUCAAUAUAUUCAAUAAAGCGAUUUAAUUGACAUAUAAUUAUAAUUAAUGUAUGCUGGACCCAUACAUGCCCAACUGUGUCAAGGGUAGACAGUAUUACAUUUAAACCAUUUUUUUAAGAGCCAUUAUUUUUUAUAUAAAUAUAACAUUUCAAUUCUUUAAAUUUUACCCUUGCUGGCCUAUCUUUAGCCUGCUCACUUAUUACUUGCUCAAGUGGCUUACAAUUACAUUCGCCCGCUUGCAGUUUGCACUGUUAGCUAAGGUUACUGCGUAAUUUUUGGCAUAUUGCCAGGGCAAAGGUAAGCCUGUCCUUUAGCCAGAGAGGGAGAGGGGGGUGGGAUGGGGAGAAAUUGAGGUCACGGGAAGUUUUUUUCUUUCUUUCUGACUCUUAACCUUGCAGGAGGCUUGGUGUCUAAAUAUAUUGCUAUAUUUUACAUAUCUUGUUUCUAGCCAUUCAUUUAUUUAGUGGAAAGUUUUGAGGCCCAUGGCCACACCCUGCUAUUAAAUUUAACAAUAAAGAAUAACCUUUCAGCAAUGACUACCACCUUUAUGUUUAUUCAGCAUUUUAUGCCUUUUGUUUUUCUUUUCAAAUGUAUUACUUAAUUUUAGCCCAUAUUUUAGUUAAGUUAACCUAGAGCCUAUAAGGCCUUCUUUCUAGUAAAAUUGUUUCAUAUUUAUUUUUAAAAAUUUAAAAAAAAAAAGACUUAAUAUUUUACAAAAUAGCUUAGUUAAGUUUAAGCAAAUUCUUAACUGAAACCUUGUCAUAUUGAGGCAUGAAUAGAUUUUCUUUUGAAAAGUUUCUUACAUUUGGCUAUUAAGGUUGGAUUGUAUUUUAUGGAUUAUCUACAACAGGAAGUUAUAGAUGUUAAAUCAAAGGUAUAGAUGUUAAAUUGGAUUAAAUGCUUGAAAUCAGAUUUCCUAAGUGAAUUUCAUUCAACAUCACCAAAACAGCAACAAAAACAAAUUUGGUUUUGUAAUUUAUUUGUGGAGCUAUUCACUUGAUUUGCCUGGACUUCCCAAUCGAUAGGCCUGUAACUUAUAUUUUUGAUCCAACAAAAAUCUCUUAAAUUUUAUUGAAACAAAGAUGUUUUUAUUAUUGCAAUUUAAGUGUGGUAUACAAAAUUUUAAGAUUUAUACUUCAUGUACUUUUUGACAGACACGACAAGCAAUAAAUUCAAAUCGAAUAGACAGACAGAAAUCCAUGAUUUUAAUGUAAAUGAAAAUAAAUAAAAUGAGACCUGAAUCAAUGAAUCAGAAUAAAUAAUAUAAAUAUUAUGAAGUUUUAGUCAACAGUUAUGUAUCAAGGAUGAUUUUAAAAGUUUCCCACUACCCUCAAAUACCUUAUGAGAAUAGACCACAGGUUCAGAUGGAACAAAAUAUAAAUAUGUCUUAGGGGAGGAGGGGGGGGGGGAAAUUGUUAAUGCUUUAUUGCAAUAAAUUUAAUAUUCUUGGUAUAAAGUUCUACUUCAGCAUAUCCCAAAUGUUGCUAAGCAAGCCUUACAUUUCCAGUCCCUAAAACAAAUACCUUAUGAGAAUAGACCACAGGUUCAGAUGGAACAAAAUAUAAAUAUGUCUUAGGGGAGGAGGGGGGGGGGGGAAAUUGUUAAUGCUUUAUUGCAAUAAAUUUAAUAUUCUUGGUAUAAAGUUCUACUUCAGCAUAUCCCAAAUGGUGCUCAGCGAGCCUUACAUUUCCAGUCCCUAAAACAUGAAUAUUUAUGGUCAAAUAAUAAUAAACUAUACAUUAAAACCCUCCAUCGAUCCUUGUUGCUAUUUUGAAACUUGUCCGACAGUCCACCAAACUCAAAGGUUUGGGAAAUGCUUUUCUACAUUUCACAAGGAUUAAUGAUGAAAUUGUUGAACUGAACACUUUGAUGUGAAGCUGGUCAUUUUAAAAAAAUGGAUUUUAUAUAUCAUUUGUGAUUAAGGUAAUGAACAUAAAGUAAUGUGGCAUGUCGUCUCAUACUUUGUAACUGUGUGUGAUGGAAUAGUAUGGAUGAUGUAAAAAAAUUAAAAUAAUUCACACUAACAAAAAUAUUUCAAUACUCUUUUUCAGAACUCUAUUCGACAUAAUCUUUCACUGCACAGCAGAUUCAUGCGAAUUCAAAAUGAGGGUACAGGGAAAAGCUCAUGGUGGGUCCUUAACCCUGAUGCUAAACCAGGGAAAACCCCUAGAAGGCGUGCUGGUAGCAUGGAGACCAAGAGCUAUGAGAAGAAACGUGGUCGUGUACGCAAGAAGGUGGAAGCACUUCGUGCUGCCAUGGAAAAUGGAGGCUCAUUGUCCCCUGGUGGCAGUGACGACUACCUAGAUGCUUUAAAUUUUGAAAAUUUCCGCCCUAGAGCUAGCUCAAAUGCCAGUAGUUGCGGCCGCUUGUCUCCGAUUCAUGCUGUUGCAGAGCCUGAUCUACAUGACAACCAGGUUCCUCCGAUGUCCCCUAUCCCCUGGGGAGCGGAGGUGACCAAUUCCAGCAACCUGUACAUAGGCGAUGGUUACUCUGAUCUUGUCGACUCCCUUGUAGAUGGAAUGAAACUGACAAAUCAGGAAAAUCUGAAGAUGGAUAUGAGGGACCCAUACAUUUCAGGUGCAUCUAGGGAGUUUAACGGUCAAUCAUCUUCAUUCAUGGGUGUUGACUCUGCACCAUCUGGUCUGGACAACCAGUACAAUCACCUGCCUGCUCCGCCUCCAUACCCAAAGCAGCAACAGCAGCAGAUGAAUGGCCUUGACUAUCCCAGGCAAGAUUUCAACAACUUGCGCUUGCAACACAGAUCAAGCCCAGUCACUAAUGGCUCUGCAAAUGGUUUCACACAGUCAAAUUUGUACAAUGAAGAGUAUAAUGAAGCUGUCAUGAGUAUCAAGCAGGAGGCAAAGGGCUUGUUCAGUGAAGAUUACAAUGAUGUUGUUAUGAAUAUUAAACAAGAGGCAAAGGGCAUGUCCCCGGUGCGCCUGGCCGCUCCUAGUGCACUCUCUGUGAACACACAGCAGCAGCUAAACUCACCAGACAGAUCUCAGCAGGGGAGCCCCAACACUGGCACCUACAACUCACACCUCAGCCCCCAGCCACAGUCGGGACUUGUCAACGGACAGCACUCUCUCACUCUGCUUAACUGUCAGGUCUCACCUCAGCAGGGCAGGCAUCUUGCACAGCAACAACAACAGAACAUCACUACGGCGACAUUGCAGCAGCAGCAGGCCCUGCAGCAGGCUUCUAUACUUCGUGAGGCCCUUACAAGAGGAUCUUACAGGCAUCCAAGCUCCAACACCCCUUCACCCACCUACUCCCCAAUGGGAAACCACUCACCUCUGGGACCUACAAGCAAUAUGAACAAUGGUCUGCUGAACAUCAGCAUGACACUCAACUCAGACAUCAGUCCUAAUCAUCAGUCACUGACCUCUGGUCAGUUGCGUGUAAUUAAUGAAAACUUCACUGACAACCACUUCAUUAAUAGUAACGGUAUGGGGGGAGUGUGUAAUAACAAUCCAGGAAUGCCCCUGGAUAUUGACAUGGAACUUAUAUCCGGACUGGAUUACGACAUGGAUCAAGUGAUAAAGCAGGAACUCACUCUUGAAGGAAACUUAGAUUUUAAUUUCGAAGCAGGUCAGAAUGUAGUGCAUUGACUAUUGUGUUCACACUUGUCUGGAUAAACUAUCUUGUAUUGUGAAAUCUUUUUUUUUUUCUAUUUCUGAAUUAUUAUUUUUUUUUUAGAUAGACAGCUGGUCAAGGAAGCAAUGUUUAUUUUUAAGGAUGUGAUACUAGUGUAUACAACCAUGUACAGUACAGUUGUGGGAUUUAUAUGUAUAUAUAUAUGUUUUGAACAGCAAACACAGUGUAUUGGUGAACUGGAGUGAAUUCUUUUUCAAAGUGGAUUACUUUUUUCACGCUAUCAACUGUCAUCUGGCUGCAUUACAAAUUUCAUUUUCCCAUGUGUAUAAAUGUAUGCACAUGCACCCCUGGCUCAAAUAGUAAGAGAAGAGAUGUAGUUAUUUGUUGUCAUCAACACUACAGAAAGAAUUUGUGUUGUGUGCAUCCCAAUCAGCUUUGUAUUUCAUGAAUUACACUGGAAAUAUAUUGAGUUAACCAUAGUGGCAAUACUUCAGUAAAGUAAUGGUGUUAUCUUAGUUGUUAACAUCUCCCUUAAUAUUUCGUUCUAAUCUGCCAGAUUUUACUUCUAUCUUUGCAAAAUACACAAAUUUAAACAUUAUCAAAUAAUGCCUGCCUUUAGGAGUAUUUUAUAGGCAGCUGCAUAAGAGACCUGAAAACGAACACUCCCAUGUCAUAAGGUUUGUCACCUUAAUGGUUAUUUUAAAUCUAACAUGUAAGUAAAUUUCAUAACCUCUAAGGGUAGUGUGUGCUCAUUACAUCAUUUGUUGGUUAUUGCUGUGAAUUUUUUUUUUUAAUACCAAGCAAAUAUCUGUUUUCGUAUUGAAAGAUAUAGGUGAGACAAGAUCAGCAUGUAGGGAUAGUUUUAUUAUUUAAUAUUUCAUCCGUUUUUUUGUUUUUUUUUCUUUUUAAAUCUUUAUAGCUCUAUUUCAUGAUUUUUUUUUUUUUUUAAAAAGACAUCUAUAUGCUUGUUAAAAACCUGUGAAGCUUUUGCUCAGAUGAUGUUAGCUCUUUCCAUAAUAGCUGUUUAUAAUAGAUGUUGUAACUGUACCUUCCUGAGUCUUUUAAUCUCUGCUCGUUUGUUGAAAAUUUGUACCAUGAAUCUGGCUGUGCCUGAAAUGUAUAACCACUUUUAAAAAUAUUUUUCCAUUGCUAUUAUUAUUAAUGGAUGUAGUGAGACCACAUUUGAGACAUAUCUAUAAUUGAUAAGUCUACCUAACCGGUGGGCCCUGAGUAGGGGCAAGUUGUGACCAACUACUAUGAUGUGUGGCAGCACUGAAUCAAGGGCAUGUCUGUAUUCCUUACAUAAUCGCAAAUAUGUUAUUAUUUUUUAAAAAUUUAAGCCUUCGAUGAAAUACUUCUAUAAUAAUUUAAAAUCAAAUACAGGGCAGUAAAUAAAUUUAUUAUUCAGAAAUAAAAGAAAGCUCAUAAAAUUGUUCAAAUAUCAACAUCAAUUUGAUUUUGUGCAGAUAGUUACAAUAAUUAUUUCAAGGAGUUUAAGAAUCCUUACUUUUUUUUUUAAGGCAUAGAGGUUUUUAGGUAUUGCAAGAAAUAAGCUCUCAUACAAUCUUUAUUUUGUUGCAUAAUACUUUUCCGGUUUUAACAUCUUAUUUUGAUCACUUUUUGUCUUUACCAGUCGUAGGUUAAAAUAGUUGGUCAUGUGUGAGAAAUACAGUGUUGAGAAUGUUUUUUCAAUAUUUUAUUUUAUUGUCGGUGCUGCAAUUUAAAAUGCAUUUCAUCACUGUUAAUGGCGUGGGCGUGGGAGGAUUUCUAUGCUGUUCAUCUUUUAAAAUAAAAUUCAUAAUCUGAAAGAUAUUUCUGAAAACUGUAAGCCUUAUUUUCAGUGGGAUUUUUUCUUUCUUCCUUUUUACUAUAACUUAUAACGAGGAAAGAGAGUUGUAUGUUUUUUCUUCAUAUAAUAGUACAAAUUUAUAAUUAUAAUUUGGAAAUUAGGUUAAUAGCAAUUUUUCUCUUGAAAAAGAAAAAGCAUAUAGUGUUGAUAUCUUUUUAUAAAAUUGUGAUACCAGAGAUUGAAUUAAAACUCAGAUUAAUUCCUAUAAACUUCCCCUUGUUAAAAAAAAAAAAAAUUAUCUAGGUCAGUAAUGUUGACAAAAGUUUCCAAAGUGUCUUAUGAAUUAUCUUAUAAAUCCUGUUGGACAUCAUGUGAUACAUGUAAGCUUGUUUUUUUUUUUGUUUUUUUUUUAAUUUUUUGCGAAUUUGGGUUUAUUUUUUAAUCUUUAUUUUUUAAAUUCAAGGUUUCCAUUAAUUUUUAAUAAUGUUGACAAAAGUUUCCAAAGUGUCUUAUGAAUUAUCUUAUAAAUCCUGUUGGACAUCAUGUGAUACAUGUAAGCUUGUUUUUUUUUUUGUUUUUUUUUUAAUUAUGUGCGAAUUGGGGUUUACUUAUGAAUCAUUAGUGUUUAAAUUCAAGGUCUCCAUUAAUUUUUAAUAAUACACCACUACUUAAGAUACAAAUGUAGCAUGCAUCCUGGAAUGAAUAUGGGGAAUGUUUUUAACGUGUAAUUUAUGUAGACAGCUUUUGAUUAAGGAUGUGUUCACCAAGAUUUGGAGACCUCUAAUUCACUGCACUGUAGAAUAUGAAUAGUGACCAUCAUCUCAUGUAUUUUAACUUACGGACUUACGUUAGUAGGAAUUGCUUUUUUAAAAAUGUUUGACAUAAUUAAGUUUGAACUAGUAAUACCAUCAAUUUUUGAAUGUCAGUGUUCUUAUUCAAUUCUUCAAUUUACUAAAAAAAAAAUACUGCCAAUUAUUCAAGUGUUUUUUUAAGGAUAAAAUUCGAAAAUAAAUCUUAUUGGAGCAGAUAGGGUAGAGUUUGGAUGUUACAAUCUAGAUAGGGCAGAUAUAGUGCCGAAGUAAACUCAUAGAGGCUCAAGUUCAUAUUGUCUUUUGUCACAUCAGAUAUUCAUUAUUUAGGGAUGUAUACUACACUAUCCCUUAGUCAAAUAA